UUGUCUGAUAAUUGACAGGUCUUGGAGGAAGAGUAUCAGUUCCGUUAUAUUUUAAUUGAAUUAGUUUACUAAAGCAAUCAGUAGCUCUUUUUGUUUCUGAAACACAUUAAGCCAGCCUCAGUCUGGAUUUUUUUUUGUUAUGGACUGCAACAAAGAAGAGGCCAUCAGGGCCAAAAACAUUGCGGAGAAGAAGAUGCAGAAUCGGGAUUUUUCUGGGGCUCUUAAAGUUGCGAUCAAGGCCAAACAACUUUGCCAGGACCUGGAGAAUAUUUCUCAGAUGAUAAUGGUGUGUGAUGUGCAUUGUGCUGCUGAGAAACCAUUCUUUGGUAACGAGAAGGAUUGGUAUGCCAUACUUAAGCUGGAGCAGACAGCUGAUGAAGGUUCAAUAAAGAAGCAGUAUAGAAAAUUUGCCCUCCAGCUUCACCCAGAUAAGAAUAAGUUUCCAGGGGCAGAAGCGGCUUUUAAGUUGAUUGGGGAUGCUCAGAGGACACUUUUGGAUCCAGACAAAAGAUCUGCAUAUGACAUGAAACGCAAAGUGACUGUUAAUAGACCGACUCCGGCAGCAGCAUUUCGUCCCCCGCAAUAUCCGAGUUGGCAUCCACACACAGCUGCUCAGAAUAAUAUCCCAAAUUUUUCUGGAUUGAAUUCUCAACAACAGCGACAACCACCAACUCAAGCAGGGUUUUCCAAUGGCCAGAGCACUUUUUGGACAAAGUGUCCGUACUGUACAGUUAGGUACCAGUACUAUACAGAAGUACUUCACAGAUCUCUUCGUUGUCAAACUUGCAAAAAGAACUUUGUUGCCUAUGAUUCAGGUGCAGUUUCACAGGCAACUAAUAUGAAUCAAUCAAAUUUCCCCCCACAAGGAGUUGCCCAGAAUCAGAGUGCUGGCAGAGCGGAUCAAGAAUCUCAAAGGAAGUUCACUAAGGAGAAUGUUUUUACAGCUUUUGUACCAAAGGCAGCAAACACUUCAGAAGCCCGGACAGAAAAAGUGAAUGGUAAAAGAGGAAGGAAGCAAAUUGUUGAUUCCAGUGAAAGCUGUGACAGUGAAAGCAGCAUUAAGUCAGAAGAGGAUGUGGUGGUUGAUGGCAAUGGUGAAGCUUUGUCUGGAAAGAAGGUUGGUUCUCAAGUACCGCAGAAUGUGCGGAGAUCUGGGAGGCAUAAGCAACAUGUUUCUUACAAUGAAAAUUUAAGUGAUGAGGAGGACAUAGUUAAUCCCACAAAAAAGCCCAAGGGAAGUGGAUCACACUGUGCCACUGAAGAAAUGGCCAACGAAGACAAGCCUGUAAACAAAAAUCAUGAGAAAGAAGAUAAGAAGGAGAUGGACCAUGGAAAUGGUAAGCAUUUUGAGGCAAGCUUACCCAAUGGUAAGAAUACUAGGGAAGCUUCUGCUGAUGGUAUCAAGGGAAAUUCAAACCCUGCUGUUGAUGAUUCUGUGUCGGAUUCCAGUUUGGAAGAAACAGAAGAGCCCAAGGUUUUUGAUUACCCUGACCCUGAGUUUAAUGACUUCGACAAAGAGAAGAAAAAAGAGUGUUUUAAAGUAGGUCAGAUUUGGGCUUUGUAUGAUACGCAGGAUGCCAUGCCUAGAUUCUAUGCUCGGAUCAGAAGAGUCUUUUCAUCUGGGUUCAAGCUGAGGAUAACGUGGCUAGAACCUGACCCAGAUGAUGAGAAUGAAGUACAGUGGGUCAGUGAAGGUUUACCUGCUUCUUGUGGUAACUUCAAAUAUGGAGGGUCUGAAAACGUUGAAGAUCGUCUUAUGUUUUCCCUUUUGAUAUAUUGGGAAAAAGGAACAUCUAGAGAUACCUAUAAGAUAUUUCCAAGAAAAGGAGAAACUUGGGCCCUUUUUAAGAACUGGAAUAUCAAAUGGAAGUCUGGUGCCCAAAAACACGAGUAUGAAGUUGUUGAGAUCUUAUCAGAGGAUGCUGAAGGUGUAGGGGUACAGGUUGCUUACUUGACUAAGGUCAAAGGGUUUGUUAGUGUCUUCUCGCCAAUGAAUACGGAUACAUUUCUAAUUCCACCCAGGGAACUAUUCAGGUUUUCACACAGGGUUCCAUCAUUCGCCCUGACCGGUAAAGAGAGGCAAGGGGUGCCAAAAGGUUCAUUUGAACUCGAACCUGUUUCUUUACCUGAAGAAUUUUUUGUUUCCGAGGACUUGGAGGAGGAAGGUGGUAAUGGAAGAAAUCCUAGUGGUUCAUGUCCUGAAGUUUCAGAAACGGAGAAGCCAAUGGUGGGAUCAAAUAAUUCUGUUCCUCCGGAUUCUUCUUUUGAAAUUCCAGAACCAGAAUUCCACAAUUUUGACACUACAAAAACGAAGGAAAAGUUCCGCAUUGGUCAGAUAUGGGCACUGUAUGGUGAUGAGGAUGGCAUGCCAAAGUACUACGGUGAGAUCAAGAAAGUCGAUUCCCAUCCAGUUUUCAAAAUACAUUUGAGAUGGCUUUUUCGUAGCCCAUCAGAAUCCACGGUCGAGUGGUCUGAUCCGGACAUGCCAACUUCUUGUGGGAGAUUUAGAAUUGGAAAUGGUUCCCAGACCUACACCUCCACCGAUUCCUUUUCUCAUUUGUUAAAAGCCGAGCCUACCGGUUCGAAGGCAGAAUAUACCAUUGUACCUAGAAGAGGCGAAAUCUGGGCCUUGUACCGGAACUGGACUCGAGACAUAAAAUGUUCUGACUUAGAGAACUGGGAAUAUGACAUAGUGCAGGUUUUGGAGGAAAAUCACUCUCUUUUCAAGGUUUUACUUUUAGACAAAGUAGACGGCUUCAAUUCCGUUUUCAAGCCCCAGGUAAAAGGAGGAACGCAUGUUACACUCAAAAUCCCUCGAGCCGAUCAGCUUCGAUUUUCUCAUCAGAUUCCAUAUUUCCAGCUAACCCAUGAGAGAAAUGGAAGCUUAAGAGGAUCUUGGGAACUUGAUCCUGCAGCAUUGCCACCACAUUAUUUUUCUUCCUAGAGUAUUGAGUAGCAAGAUUAUUAAAUGCCCACUUUUCUUCACAUCAUGUGUACAUUACAUGAUCGGUCAGUGGUUUUAAAAACAGAACAACUAUGGUUAAAGUCUUGUUGAAUCAUAUGUUUUGAUGUAAAACAAUUGUAACAUCAUUAUGAUUUUGAGGAGUUAAUGUAAUUCUAUCUACGUCAUUGC